GUCGCAGUGGUUAACGGGUUUAAUGCAUUCUGCAAGAUCUCUCCGCAUGGUGUUUUGCUCAAUUUGCUGGAGCGAGCUACUGUUAUCUGCGACCCUGUGCAGCGCUGCACUGAACGAUGGAUGCGUCUAAUAAAGAGAUGGUAGAUAGCGUUAUGGACAGCUCGGAGGAAUCUGUAAACAGUGAUGAAGAACAAGAAAAGACCAAAGAAUGGGAUGAUUUUUCUGACAAGGACAGUGUGGCUUCUAGCGACUCUGCAGAAGAGGAGAUGUCCAUCGACGAUGGUCUCGAAACCCUUCUGGAUGAGUUUACAGAUGCCUCUGGUGAUGAUGACUGGAAUCCAGAGGUCACUCCACAAAAGAAGAAGAGAUCCGGACUGUCUUCCGUAUCGCCAUCCCCAGCAAAGUCUAGCCGAUCGGGAACACCUUCCUCUGUGCAAAGUGGCAAAAGCAAAGGUAGGAGAAGCAGUGUGAGUCGAUCCCUACCUUUUUCCUUGAGCAUCUUAGAACAGAAGUGGAAAAGUGCAGAUGAGCCUGAUGUUGAGCCGACACAGCCAACAUUCAGACCUAAACAAAAACCCGGCCCACGGUUGGUCUCCACUGCAACAUGCAGUCCUCGGCAGUAUUUUGAGUUGUUCUUCUCAAAAACAGUCAUGCGGACAAUUUUAGCAAACUCAAAUGCAUAUGGAGCCAUGCGCCAGGAAGGCACGAAGAAGCCAUGGGAGGACAUUUCACUUAAAGAUCUGAAGUCGUUCAUAGCACUGGUGAUUUACAUGGGUUUGCUGAAAUGCUUCAAACUGACAGACUAUUGGAGGAAGUCUCAGAUAUAUAAUCUUCCCUAUCCGACUCAGAUCAUGUCUGGCAGGAAGUUUAUGACCAUCAGUAAAGCUCUUCAUCUUAGUGAUCCCAAAGUGGAUGCAGAGAAUGACAAGAAGAGGGGAACACCUGAAUACGACCGCCUGUGUAAGAUCAAACCGCUGUACCAGGACAUGAGGGACGCCUGCAAAGCCUCUUUCCAUCCCUUUCAGAACAUCUCCAUUGAUGAACGAAUGGUGGCAUCGAAGGCUAAAAAUGGACUCAAACAGUACAUGAAAAACAAACCUACAAAAUGGGGGUACAAACUUUUUGUAUUGGCAGAUUCCCUCUGUGGCUACACAUGGGACUUCUUCAUCUAUGAAGGAAAGAUCAGUGCAGAGAAGAGCAAAGGCAUAAGUUAUGAUUCUGUCAUGAGUCUGGCAAAUGAAAAGUUGUUGGGAAGCGGCUACAAGCUGUUUGUUGACAACUUUUACACCAGUCCCAAGCUCUUCAGAGACCUGCUGCAAAAAAAGAUCUGGGCUUGUGGCACCGUUCGCGCAAACCGCAUUGGCCACUUAAAGACAGUGGCUCCUCGUGGCAAUAUUCGCUGGUUUAGGGAAGACAAUCUGCUGUUUGUUGAGUGGAAGGACAGGAGGGACGUGCUGAUGUGCUCAACCUUUCAUAAAGCCUUUAAUGGGGACUCCAUUAAGAGGAACGUGAAAGGAACCGAUGGAGUUUGGGCCAUUCAGGAUUUCCCUGUUCCAGGCGCAGUGCUGGAUUACAACAAGCACAUGGGAGGAGUGGAUCUGUCUGACGCACUAAUUUCAUUUUACACAGUUUUACAUAAAACAAGAAGGUGGUAUCGGUCCUUUUUUUACCACUUUGUGGACAUCGCUGUGGUCAAUGCCUUCAUUUUGCACCAGCAGAUGGCCAAGAUGAAUAACCAGAAGCCUCUGACUCAAAAAGCCUUCCGGGAGGCACUUGUUGAAGAGCUUGGAGGAACAGCACCUGUAUCCCCCAACACACAUAUACCACCCACUCUUACCCCUUACUCCCAUUUGCCCAAGUACAUCAGUGGAGAUAGCAGCAUUGGAAGACGAAAAUGCAAAAUUUGCUGCUACAAAACUCCAGUCAUGUGUGUGACUUGUGAUGUGCCACUGUGCUUUGUUCCCAAGCGUGACUGUUUCACCAGCUGGCAUUGCCCAGAUUACAGCAGUGAGAAUGAGACAGAGUAAAUGCCUAAGUGCUAGGAUUUUGAGUCUAGUGUGCACUAGGAUCAAACACAAGAAAAACAAUACACAGAAUUGGAGAAUGAAAUUAGUAAUGUACGAUGGCCAAGUGGUGCAUAACACAACGCAAUUAAUAAAGCAAACAUAAGCUCACAACACAACGA